AUGAAGAAAGGAUUUUAUUGGACAACGUUUUUUGGCCUAAUGUUUGCAUCUUUUGAUAUAAAUAAAGGGGAAAAUGUUUUACACAAUAUAAGGAAACAUUACGACAAUUUCAGCUUUUUCACAUUUUAUGAGGACUUAAAGAAAAACAAAAUUUUCAAGAACAAGGGUGUUAAAAAGAAGAAAUUUAAAAGUGUAGAAAUAGACAAUGCACAUGAAUUUGAUAAAGAAUUUAAUAAAACAAAUAAUGAAGAUGGAACAGGACAAAAUGAAUCUUACAACUCUUCAUUUAUAAGCUUAGGUAGCACUUACCCGAAAAAUGAUCAACCUUAUGAUAAGGAUGUAGGUAAGGUUAUUUUAGAAUCUCCCCAUGGAACAAAUGAUAUUGUUAAAAGUUCCCAUAGUUUAGAGAACACUGGAAAUUUUAAUGUCCCAAAUGAAAAAUUGGGAUCCUUAUAUAAAAUCGUUUUAGAAGAUUAUAUUAAUAAUCUGAAAGAUUCGGACACCAUUUUCUUAAUGGAGUUUGAUUAUGUAGAUUUACAAUCAAUAAAAGAAAUUAGGUAUCUCAUUCCAGAGGGUAAAGAAUAUUAUAACUAUUACAAUGACGAACUUGAAAAAAAAAUUAACGAGAAUUCAAAUAAAUUAGACGAAUUGAUUAAAAAUAGUAUUAAAGCAAAAAAUGAAAUGAUAAAAAUAGAUGCUGUAGUGAAAUUUCGUAAAAAUUCAUCUUCAGGAAUAAAUAUAGAAGAUGAAGAUGUAAAAAAAUUAAAAUUAGCAAAGGAGACCCUUGAAAAGUAUGUGAAUGAGUAUACUAAUAAAAUUAAACCUGUGGUACAUGAUAUUAGAAAUAAAGCAUACGAGUAUUUGAAAAAAUCAAAUUGUACACACCAUUGUAAUGCUUAUAUUUUAAACUAUGCUCGUCUUCUAAAUAAAUAUAUAAAAAAUAUUGCAACUAUUAAGGACGAGUCAGUUAUUACUAUUGAUAAAAGUAUUAAUGAUUAUAAUACUUUGGAUAAAAUAUUAGAACACGCUAAAAAAGAUAAUAUAGAUAUAAACGAUACUAUAUAUCUUUUGAAGAUAUUAGGAGAAGAAGUAAAAGACCUUCAGAAUAUGUAUGUUAUUAACAGAUCAUUAAUUAAUGAUGCAAGUAGUAUAUUAUCUGACAUACAUGCAAAUGGUCGAUUGUUUAAUACGAAGGAGGGAAAAAUUUUAAAUAGCUCAAAAGAAUUAAUUAAUAACUAUUGUGUGUUCCAUCAUAUUAUGAUUUUGAAUAUUCCAAUUAAGAAAAUGUAUGAAGAGAAAAUAAAAGAAUCUAAUGAUUUAUUUUCUAAAAUUAUAGAUAAAUUAAAAGAAGAAGCUUAUUCAUUAAUUAAUAUUAUAUUUGUUGACACAGAAAGUGUUAAUAUUCUUAAAUCAUCAGAAAAAAUUGUUGAAUAUGCAGAAAAAAUAUUUCAGGAAAACAAGAAGAAAGUCGAGUUUUUUAAAAGGUAUCCAAAUAUAAAGACACACCCUAAAAUGGAAGAUAUUGAGAAUGAAUACAAAGAAGAAGCGGAAACCAAAGAAGAAAUAUUAAGAGCAUUUGAAUUAAUCUCUAAUAAAUGCGAGAGUUUGUAUCAUAUAAGAAGAAAUAGACAUUUAAAUAAGGUAAAUGAAAUAACAAAAUAUGAAAAUAGCACAACAAAGGCACUUUUACUUUUAGAUGAAAUAUCUAAUGUUAAUGAAGAAAGAAAUGUAAUAAAACAGGGUGCUAUAACAUUAAAUAAUAUGCAUGAGAACAUGUUAAAUUUAAAAAAUAAAAUUAAUGAAAUAGAAAUAAAGGUGGAUAAUGUUGAUGAGGUCAACAAAUUAAAGGAAAAGGAAGAAAAACUUGCACAAUACGAAAAAGAAAUUAAAGAAAAGAUAAAAGACAUGACUAACAAAAUACGCAAGUUAAAAGAAAUCAUUGUUUUAAGAGAUAAGGGAAAUCAAGAUAUUGCAACAAUUAAUGAAUUAAUUAAUAUAGAAUCAUACAGCAAUCUACAUGAAUUUAUAAAUAAAAAGGAUAAAGCGAAUGAUGAGAUUAAUUCCAUAUUUAAAGAUUUAUAUAAUGGGGAUAUGUAUGACCUUAUUGAAACCAUUGGUACAAUUGUUCGUGAAAAGCGUAAAAUAAUAGAUGAAACAUUUAAUAUUAAUCAAAUGGACCAAGUUGAAAAACAUAUCGAUGAAUUAAGAUCUGCUUAUACCAAAUUAGAUACUAUUACCAACGAAAAAUUGAUAAAUACCUAUGAUAAAUUAAGGAAUGAAACAAAUAAUACAGAAUAUCUUAAAAGUUAUAUUGCAAAGAAGCAAAGCGAAGACCUGAAUAAUAAAAUGACAGAAUCUUUAGACAUAUAUAAAAGUGAAUAUGAUGAAUUAAAAAAAAAUAUAGUAGAAUACGAAAAAGAAGAAAAAAUAUUAGAACAGUGUAAGGAAAACACCUUAAAAAAGGAAGAAGAAUAUUUCAGUGAGUUGAGAGUAUCUAAUGAUGCUCUGAAAGAAACAUACAGUUGUUCAGGUUUCGACAAAAUAAAAAAUACUUUUUCGAAGAGUAAAUAUGAGUUAUCCCAAAAAAUGGAUCACAUUAAGAAUGUGAAAAAGAAUAUGGAUAAAUAUUUAAAAUUUUACAAUCAUAUGGAAAAUUAUUUCCAUUUACUUGAUGAUAGUAAUUAUACUCAAGGAAUUAAAACAUUAAAAGGUAAUAUUCAACGUGAACUAACAAAUAAGCAAUUAAGUAUGUAUGAGAACAUAUACCAAAGCAAGACUGAGAAAAUACAAAAAAUUAUACAAAUAAUCGAAAGUUUAAACAAAAUUAUAGAUUCUCAUAACCGUUUAAACAAGGGCAUACAUGAAUGUAAAGGUAUUAAUGUAUCAAUUGACACUUUAAAAAUUAAAACAGCCGUUUUAAAGGACGAAUUGCAAAAAGCAAUUAGUUCAAUUGAAAAGGAUGUUUUAGUAAGUGAGAAUGUAAAAAAAAUAUUAUUAAAUAGGUUAAAAUCUGAAGUAAGUAAUAUAAAUGGUAAAUUAGAUGAAAAUAACAUGGGUGUUGUAGUAAAAAAAGCAACGGAUUUAAUAAAAAUUUACACCGAUUCAAAACGUUAUCUACAUGAAAAGAGAGAAGAAUAUCAUUUACAAGAUUCGUCAGAAAAGGUAAAUGAUUGGGGUGAAAUUAAAAGGGAAGUAGAUCAAUUAAAUGCUCAUUACAGUGCAUUUAACGAUAAUAAGGAUAACUUAUUUAUAAGCAAUUCUCUUACAUACUUAGAGUCAAUUUACAGUAUUGUGAGAGAACUGAUAAAUAACAUAAGGGAAGAGAAAAACAAAAUUGAAAGUUCUGUAAAAGGAAUAGAACAAAAAUUGCAAGCUAUAGAACUGAACGAAUAUUAUAAAAGUGUUAAAAUUGCAGAAAAUGAAAGUACAAUAAAAAAUAUGAAAGAAGACAUUAUUCCAAAACUUGAGGAAAAAAUUCGUUACUAUAGCAACCAAUUGACCACAUACGAUAAACAAUCGGAUAAUUUAAAUAAUAUAGACAAAAAUCAAGGGAGUGAUCUUACUCACAUUCUUGAUAUAAUAAAACAGAUGGAGGAUGUUUACAAGGAAUUAAUAAAAAUACCUAGUGAGUUACAAAAAGAGAGGGAUGAUAUAAAUAACAUAGAUGAAAAUAUAAAGAAGGUUCAAUUAGAAUACGAGAGAAAAUUAAUUGACGAAUUUUUGAAAAAUAUCACUCAGACAAGAAAUGAAGCUCAAGAUAAAACACAACAAAUUAUUGCGCUGAUUAAUAAAAUUGAAGAAAUAAAAAAAGAAACUGUAGAUACUAAGGAUAGAGCACUAGCAACUUCGAAUUGUGAAAAACAUCUUGGAGAUGCUAAAAAAUUGGAUGAAGAAAUAAAACACAUCGAAGAGUUAUCCAAGAAGUUAAAAGGUGAUACUAAUGUUUUGAACUCCUUGAACGAAGUUGUAAAAAUUAGAGAAGACGUUUAUUUAAAUAUGGAAAAGGUUAUAAACCAUUACAAUCAUAUAAAGGGGACUAUGAAUGAAAUUAAUGAAAUAAACGAACUAUUAUUAUCAGAGAAUUAUAACAGCAUUAUUAACUUUAUUGUAAGGAAUGUAAAUGAAUCUAAUAAAUACAGCGAAUUAAUAAGAACUGAAUUAAUAAAAUCAGAAGAUGCAACUGAGCAUGUGAAAGUACGUUUUAGGGAAGCAGAAGCAUUAAAAGAGCAAAUGAAGACAAAUUUAGAGGACAAUGAUGCAGAUAAAAUAAUCAAAGAAAUAAAAGAAAUAAGAAAAAUAAUUUUGAAUGAGAUAAAAAACACAGGUACAUAUUUGUUAAAUUCUGAAAAAUUUAAAACAAGUGGUCUAUUACACUUCGAUAGUGCGAAAGAAGGAAAAACAAAAUUUGAUUAUCUAAAAGAUCAUGAUAAUCCUGAACAUAAAAGAAUAACACAAUAUGAAAUAAAUGAAGUAUUAGAAAACAUGGUCAAAGUGCAACAUAACAUAGAUGAAGCGGACAAGUAUACAAAACAGACAAGGGUGUUGAAUGAAUCUACUUUGCAGUAUGAAAAACUAAUCAAUGACUUACUAAAUGAAUCUUUAAUUAGAAAAGUAAAAUUCAAUUGUGAAAAACUAAAAACAGAAAUAAACAUGGUAAUGAAUGAAAUGAAAAAUGCAGACAUUAAGAGUCAGGAAGAGUCGAAUAAUCAAGAACAAAUAGUUAAAGAAAUGAAAGAACAAUCUUUUAUUGAGGAUAAUGAAAAUGAAGAACUUAAUGAAGGCGCUAUGAAAGCAUUGUUAAAUAUAAAAAAUUACAGACAACAAUUAGACAACAUUUUAUUAAGUAUAAAAAGUGUAAGAAGCAAUAUGGAGCAAAUUUUAAGGAGUUCUAGCACUUCCGUGAUAACAACGUUAGCAAUUUCUCAACUGAGAAAUGAAAAUGACUUGGAUAAUUUAAAAAUAGUAGAAGAAAAUUAUAAAACAGCGUUGAAAAAAGUUAAACAUGAAAAUCAAAUUAUGAAAAAUGAAGAAAAAAGAUUAAACGAACUAUAUAAGGAUGCUAUUCGUGUAAAAGAAGAAUUAGAAGAACAAAAAAAAAAUUACGAAACAGAGUUGUUGAAAAUGAUAAAAGACAAUGCUGAUAAGAGAAUGGCUACAAUAGAGUUAACAAAAAAUGAAAUAAAUUUAUUGGUAAACCCUUCUAAAUCCAUAUUUUUUAAAUUAAAAUUAGAAAAAUUAGAUAUAAUGAAUUAUUUAAAUAGCUAUACUGUUCGAAUGAGGGACAUUUACGACGAAUGUGUGAAAAUAUAUGGACUAAUAAAAAGCUAUGAAUUUCCAAGUUCGAUUCCUUCUACAACAUACAGUGAAGCCCAAAUUAUAAGAAUAAAGGCACAAAAAGAAAAAGAGGAACUUAUAAAAAAGAAGGAGGAGUUAAAAGAAUUAUUAAGUUAUGUGAAAAAAGAGGAAUCCUCAAGGUUAUUAAAUGAAAUGAUAAGAAUUAUGAAUAGUAAAAAGGAAGACAUUGCCAAAAAUUAUACAAAAAUUAACGAAUAUGUAGAGAAUAUUAAAAAAAAUAUUACUGAUUUAAAAGUAUUAAAUGAUAUAAAUAACGGCUCGAAUAUAUUGAAUAAUGCAAUAAAUAAUGCUAAUGAAAUUAAAAGUACAAAAUACAUGUACCAUAAGAAGGAAGCGGAAAAUAUAUAUGAAAACAUGAUCCACGUGGCAAAUUAUUUUUUAAAUGAUAAAAUUAAAAUAGAACCAAAGAAAGGGUUAAAUGUAGAAGUAGCUUCAUCAGAAGGAUCAGACAUGGAGUCAUAUAUACUUGGUAAAAUAAAGGAAGCAAAUGGCAUUAUAAAAAAAAUAGAGGAUGACACAGGUUAUAUAAAAAAUAAACAAAUAGAAGGGGAAAAGCUUUCAACAGAAGCCAAUAACAUUUAUAGUGUAGCAAAGCUAAAAAAUGAAUUUAACAACAAUAAAAAUAAAGCAAAACUUGAGGAAGUAUUCGUUUUAUCAGAAAUAGAGGAAGCAUUAAAUAAGUUAAAAAAUGUGGACAAAGUAAAAUGUCAUUAUGAUAUUUAUGAUAACAUACUAGAAAAUAAUGAAGAAUACGAGAAUUUUAAAAAAAUUUCAUCUAUUUAUAAUUCUGAGAAGAUCAAAAUAGUAAAAGAAGACUAUAUAAAUGAAAUGAAAACGAAUAUAAAUAAUUACAAGGAUAUGUUAAGAAAUUUAGACAAAAAGGUUGAAUAUUCCAGUGAAAGUAACUCUGAAAUUGCCGAUCUACAGAAAUACAACGUUGAAAUUGAAGAUAUUAUUAAAAAAUUAAUUAUCAUAGAUAAUAAUGUUAAAGGAAUAAAUUCCUCACUUGAUGAAUUGUUAGAUUUAGGAAAUAGUUGUCAAUUUCGUAGGAAUUUUAUAAUUAGUAGUUCUGUGAAUAUUAAAAUAUCCAAAUAUUUGGUAAUGAUUAGAAAACAGAAAGAAAAUAUUUCAAAAUGUUUAGAAUAUGUUAAAAACAAUUAUCAAAAUAUGAUUAAUUUCGUUUCUCAAUUGAAUGAAUUUCAGGAUGGAUUAGUUAAUAGUAUUAACCUAGAGGAUAAAACAUCUGAUGCAGAUAAAUGUUAUAAUGACUUUGUGAAAGAAGAACAAGAAGCAAUUAAAACCGUGAACUAUAUAAAAAAGGAAAUAUAUUCUUUCAACGAUAAUGUAGAUGCAACAAUUUUGGAGAAUCGUAUAAAAAAUAUUGUAGACUAUUACAACAAACUGAAGAUCAAAAAAGUGGAAAUAGAUGAUAUUUAUAAAAACAUGAACAUGAUUAAAUUAAAUGAAGUUGAAAGAAGUCAUGAUAUUUUUAAUCAUAUAGCUGAAUUGUUUAAAAAGGUAGAAGAAAUAAAAGGGAAAGAAUUGUUAGAGAGAGAAAAUAAUUUAAAGAGUAUUUACAAUUUCAUAAAAUUGAGUGAAACUGAUUUGAAUAACUUUGAUAAGAAUUAUACACCAGAAUCUAGAGAAAAAAUAAAUAAAAUAUUCAAUAAUAUUAAUUCAAGAAUAAAGAGAGUUCAUCUCAAUGAUGAUAAUGAAAAUGAAUAUAACAAUGUGAAAAAGUAUGUAAAUCAAACUAAGCAUUUAAUGAAUACAACAAAUUUCAUGGUCAAGGAAUUAGAAAUGUUACAAAAUGAGAAUAAAAACGAAUUCGUAGAAAAUACAAAUAUUAGAAACGAAUUAACUGAACAAACCAAUAACAUUAUGAAUAAUAUAAAUUCCUCAAAAGGGACUUAUGGAAAAAUAUUUGAUAUGAUAAAAGAUAAUGAAACCAUCUUAGAAAGAAUUAUUUUGAAGAAGAAGGACAUUAAUGAUACACUUGAUAAUUUAAAUAAAACAAAAGAAAACUUAUUAAUGCAUUUAACUGAAGGGGAGAAAUUGUAUCAUAUGAGAAAAAAAUUAGCAGAAGUUAAUAAUAAUACUGAUGAAAUUAUAAAAAAAUACAGGACAUAUGAGGAAAUAACAAAUAAACUCCUAAGUAUGAAUGUCAGAAAAUUUCAACCAAAGGUUUACAAGUCUGUUACCGAUAUAGAUGAAGAAUUAAAUUAUAUAAAAACUUUCAAUAAUGAUUUAAUAGACAGCAAAUUUAAAAUUGAAAAAGUGUUAGAAAAUAACAAAAAGAAAAAGGAUGAAAUGGAUAUGAUACUUAGUACAAUUUCUAGAGAUAAUAUGAAUAUAUACGAAUAUGCAAAAGGUUGCAUUGAUAGUGUCAUUAAUGUAGCUAAAAAGUUAGCUGAAACAAUUAAAAAUAUGGAUACAUUAAUAAAAGAAAAUGAAGCUACAAUGGAAGAACUUAAUGCUCAUCGAAAGAAGUUACAAAACGAUAAGAAUAUGUCUAAUAAUUUAGUUAAUAUAGAAAAAGAAAAAAUAGCGCAAGAAAAUAUGGAAGCAGAAAUAUUAAGUAAACCGAAAAAUAUGAGUUUAAAGGAUAUUCCCAUUGUUGACAAAGUUAUUGGCAAUAAAGAAAUACAUAAUGUAAACUGGGACGAAGUAAAACAAGAAAAUGUCAUAUUGGAGAAGGGGUUUAUGAAAAAAAAUGUUCACACAAGUGAUGUUUCAAUAAAUAAUAAAAAAGUUAAAGAAUCCGAUAAAAUGGUAAAUGAAAAAUCGACAAAACAAAUAAACAUCCAGAAAAAUGGCCAAGAUAAUAGCCAUUUAAGUAAUGACCAUAAUAACACUGGAAUACAUACACUGUAUAUGGUAAAGAGACAUAAUACAUCAGAUAAUAAUUAUAAUGCUAGUGAAAAUGAGAAUAAUAAAAAUGACGAAUUAAAUAAAGAAGGAAGUUUUUUUUUAUUUAUCUACACAGGGGUACUGUGUGGUGUUUUGUUCAUGUGCAUUUGUGUUAUCUACUAUUUCUUAGACAAAAAAAAAAUGUACAAUGAACAGAUGCGAAAGGGAAUCAAUAAAGAAAAAAAAAUUGUUAUGGAAACAAAAAUCAAUGCAUUUGAAGAAAAAAGCGACUUAAAAUGUCAUUUAAGAGAAGAGGUUAUUGAUGUAUCUUUUGUUGGUCUUGAAGACAGUUUGGAAUAA